UCUCUUUUCCGUCAACAAGGUUUCUUUCCGGUAGGUGCGUGAAACGUUAUUGGAGUCGGAGAUACCUCGACAUGAAGUUUAACAGAUUGGUUUCUUCCUCUCGGAGGAAAAAUCGUAAGAGGCAUUUCACUGCACCUUCGCAUAUUAGAAGACGACUGAUGACUGCUCCUCUUUCAAAAGAAUUGAGACAAAAGUACAAUGUCCGGUCCAUGCCGAUUCGUAAAGACGACGAAGUCCAGGUUGUACGAGGUCACUAUAAGGGCCAACAGGUUGGAAAGGUCAUCCAGGUGUACAGGAAAAAGUUUGUUAUAUACGUUGAAAGGGUUCAACGAGAAAAGGCAAACGGAGCGAGUGUAUACGUUGGAAUCGAUCCGUCAAAGACGGUGAUCGUAAAACUGAAAAUGGACAAAGAUCGGAAGAAGAUCAUCAGCAGGAGGUGCAAAGGCAGACUCGCUGCUUUGGGUAAAGACAAGGGCAAGUACACAGAAGAUACGACAGCAGCCAUGGAGUCGUCAUAAAUUAAGAACUUCCUUUUAUGUAUCGCAAUAAACCAUACAAAAAUCACAA